UUCCGUAUUCUAAAAUAUUUGUCCGAAUUAUUCUACGUUUCCGCAUUUCUAUUUCCGAAAAUAUUUUUUAACUUCCGAAGUUUAUAUUUAUAACUGUAAAAAGUAUAGUUUCGACUGUUUUCUACUAUUUCAGGUUUCUGUUUCCGUGUUGGGUACAAAUUUGUUUGCGUUAGUGUAUUUCUUUAAGUUGCUGAUUUUGUCAGUAGUCUUUAAUUUAUAGGGGCGAAACCACCUUAAGUCUGAGUAGCUUUAGUCCGGACACAGUCCGAAAUUUUAGAAUUUUUUUGAAAAUUAUAAAGAAAAAGAGGUAGAAUUUAUAGCGAAAUUAAAAGUAAAUAAAAGUUAAGUCUGAACUGCCGAGAGAAUAAGAUAAAUUAAAUGGUCAAAUAAAUUUUAGCGCGGACUAAAACAAAUCAUGAUUCUACUGCCGGUCAUUCAUACUCGAUUUCCAGUACCUAGAACACAUGAUGGCUAUUUUUCCACUGUAAUAUUUGUUUUGUUACUAAUUUUUUGUUUUGAAUUCUACCAUGCUGUAAUGAUUAAUUAGGUAUGUAUAAAUACAUCAAAAAUUUCAUAUUUAAAAACAGCUCUAUUAUAAUUAAAAAAGGAUUUUCCACGUUUAUUUUUCUAUCGAAAUAGAAUUGUGAUAGCAGAAGUCAAAAGUACUACAAAAGUUUUGUCUUUAUCUGAAAAUGCAUGAAAUUAACUACAUUUCUCAAAAUAGAUUGGAAGCUUGAUCAUAGGUUUGACUAUAAUUAGCUUGAAUUUUGGAAAGAGUUAGUUCCUUUAUCAAUCUAAUCUGACCGAUUUUACGGUACACGCACACAAUUGUAUAUGUACAAUAAUGACAUGGUGAAUCGAGUCUACUAAAAAAAUUCUAUUAAUCUUCACUGGUAAGUCGCACGAAAAUGAAAACGAAAUAUCGAAAUGUAAGAUUCGAUAAAUUUCCGUACAAGUUAGAGAAUAAGAUAGGCUAACUGCACAGUGUACUGUUAGGCAUAGGCCACUCAUUCUGUAAUAAUUGAAUUGUCAUUACUCUAAUCUGGGCCAUCUAUGUCUGAUUCAUAAAACCAACAAAGAUCACAUUGUCCAUAAAUUAAUUUCAGCUGGUCUAUCUAUAGACAGAUUAAAACUAGUCACUUAAUUGGCAAAAUCAUGAGUUCAAAAAUGGGAAUUCAGGUCUACAGUGGUACAAUGGUCUCUAAAUUAUUGCCACUAACAAACAUGCCAAUUUCCGACGUCUCGAGCGAUCUCACAGUCGAAAUCGGAUCAUCCAAUUUUUCGCUUCACAAGUUCCCUCUCGUUUCUCGAAGCGGAAGGAUUCGAAAACUGUUAUUGGAAACUAAAGAAACAAAAAUUUCGCGCAUUAGUAUACCAGGUGUUCCGGGCGGAUCAGAGGCUUUUGAGCUAGCUGCAAAAUUCUGUUAUGGAGUAAAUACUGAGAUUACACUUUCAAAUGUUGCUAUGAUAUUGUGCACAGCUCGUUUUCUCGAAAUGACGGAAGAUUUCGCGGAGAAAAACCUUGAAGCUCGAGGUGAAUCUUAUCUGAAGGAGACUGUGAUUCCGAAUAUAUCAAAUUCGAUUUCUGUUCUUCACCGCUGCGAAAAUCUCUUGCCUAUAUCAGAAGAUAUCAAUCUGGUUAAUAGGCUUAUCAAUGCAAUUGCAAGCAAUGCUUGCAAAGAGCAGCUUACUUCGGGUUUGCUAAAACUCGACCCUUCGAAACAAACGAAUAUAGAACCCGAAACGCCAUCAGAUUGGUGGGGAAAAUCGCUUGCUAUGUUAAAUCUUGAUUUCUUUCAGAGAGUUUUAUCUGCAGUGAAGUCAAAAGGGUUGAAACAGGAUAUGAUCAGCAAGAUUCUGAUGAAUUACGCACAUAAUUCGCUUCAAGGCCCGCUUAUAAUUCGAGAUUCGCAUUCAAUCAAAUCGAGCCUCGUAGACUUAGAGUUGCAGAAGAAACAAAGAGUAAUUGUUGAAGCAAUUGUCAGUCUAUUACCAACUCAAUCAAGAAAAAGUCUAGUCCCAAUGGCUUUUCUGUCAAGUUUGUUAAAAACUGCAAUAUCGUCAUCAGCAACUACUUCUUGCAGAUCCGAUUUAGAAAGACGAAUCGGUCUUCAAUUAGAUCAAGCAAUUCUUGAAGACAUUCUAAUUCCAGCAAACUCAUAUAGUAAUUCCCAUACUACCCUUUAUGAUACAGAUUCAAUCCUGAGAAUCUUCUCCAUGUUUCUGAACUUAGACGAUGACGAUGAUCAAGACAAUGAAAAUGAAAUGGUUUAUGAUUUCGACAGCCCUGCAUCUCCGAAACAAAGCUCCAUUCUUAAAGUAUCAAAACUGCUAGACAAUUAUCUAGCGGAAAUUGCGUUGGAUUCAAAUUUGAUGCCAUUAAAGUUCAUAUCACUUGCAGAAUUGCUUCCGGACCAUGCUCGCGUAGUCAGCGAUGGAUUAUACAGAGCUGUUGACAUUUUUCUCAAAGUUCAUCCAAAUGUAAAAGACUCAGAAAGGUACAGGCUCUGCAAGACAAUAGACUGUCAGAAACUAUCACAAGAAGCUUGCAGCCACGCGGCGCAAAACGAAAGAUUACCAGUCCAAAUGGCAGUUCAGGUUCUAUACUUCGAGCAAAUCAGGCUAAGAAAUGCAAUGAACGGAGGACAUAAUAAUCAAUUCUUUUUCGGCGGAAUCAACGGUCACCAAUUCCCGCAACGCUCCGGUAGCGGUGGAGGAAGCGGAGCAAUAUCUCCGAGAGACAAUUAUGCAUCGGUAAGACGAGAGAACAGAGAAUUGAAACUCGAAGUUGCAAGAAUGAGAAUGAGACUAACUGAUCUCGAAAAAGAUCACGUGUCGAUGAAACAAGAACUUGUCCGUUCGUCUCAUCCUGCGAAUAAAAUGUUUAAAUCGUUUACCAAGAAAUUAAGCAAGCUCAAUUCUUUAUUCAGAAUCAAUAGUCUUAAGGCUGUCGGAGGUGGUGGCAAGGCUAAUUCAGAAUCAAGAUUCUUGUUUCAGAAAAGAAGGCGUCACUCGGUUUCUUGAUUUGUGUAAAUUAAUGUUUGUACAAGUUUUUAAACAAAGAUUGUAUAGUAUUAGUAUAGUAUAGUGGGAUUUUGUUUA